UCUAAUUCUGAUUCUAUUUCUCAUACUACUGCACGGGAAAGACGCUGCGUUCACGAGCUUCUAGUAGCAAGCCUGGAUAGAUGGAUGGCACAUAUCAGGAGAGCAGAUUCCUCUCUUUACUUUUUUACCAAGCUGUUCGGGACCAUAAACCUGUAUGGAUGUUGGAGGACAUGCGCAACAGGGAGAUAUUUCACUGGGAAGAAGACACCCGGCACCAGACAUACACUCCUUCUGAAGCACUUCUGUAUGCCAUCGUGCAUGACCACCGAGCUUACGCACAAUAUUUGCUGAAUCAGUUCUCAGACGGGGCUCUUGCAAUGCCAGGCGACUCUUUCUGCUGCUGUCCAUCAUCUGCUCCACACUUGACCAUGGCUGUCCGCUACGACAGGAAGGACAUCAUGGCUCUCAUCCUUCAGGUGGCACAUACAAUGCCCACUCUGCACUCAUACAUGAACCGAGGUGGUUGCAAACAUCUGGAGAAUGGCAAAACUCCACUCCAUCUGGCAUGUGAACUGUCGCAUGCAGCAGCCAUCGUAAUGUUAUUGGGACAUGGUGCUUCACCACAAGCUGAGGACCACGAUGGUAUGACACCACUGGAUCUCGUCCUCAAGCAGCUCUGGACCGCCAAAGUGAACACAGGUGCCAGAAUGUUGUGCCUUGAGAGCUUGCUUAUGUUCAUGCCUGACUUGCAGUUCAACAUGAAGAGCUCACUGGAAAAGGAUCCACAGCGCUGGUCCAAAGUACUGGGAGAGGAGAUGUUUAACUAUCUAAUUGGAAAAAUUCCAGGAACACUCUUUCUUAUGGCUAUGCAAAAAGUCCUGUCUCAAUUACCUCCGAAAGAAUUUCCAAAAAGUCUGGACAAACUGCCCAUUCCAACUUUUCUGAAACCCAUCACAUAGACCUGAACACAGACCUAACAGUGGCCUGCAUCCUACUGAAAUAGACUUUGAAAAUGCUUUUUUAUUGUUGUUAGUUAGUUAGUUAGUUAGUUAGUUAGUUAGUUAGUUAGUUAGUUAGUU